GCAUGUACUCGUUGAGUAUUUAUGGUAUCAAAAGUGUUUCAAUCAAUAUUAUAAAUAUUACAUAAAAGUGGUAUGCGUAUCUUACGCUAGAUAUAUUUUAACGCUUUAUUAACGGGUAUCCCAGUUAGAUUAACUAUCAUAUUUCACAAUCUUUUAACACACAUUCAUUGUGGAGAUAACCGUCCAUUAACCUAUUGUCAUAAUUGUGGAUACAAUAUUUUACGUGAUCUAGAGCGAUUAUUACAAGCUGUUCCCAAUCAUGUCGGUUCCAAGGUAUAAAGUCAAGACCGACAGAAACAUUCUGUUUAAAUCUAAACUACGUCGGUAUCCACAUUGCACCUGUAUGCAGUACCUACAUUACUCAAGGAAAGGACAUUCUGCUGUAUCAAUCAAAACACAGUGCUGUGUGGACAUCUGCCUAACUCUUCCACAAACAAGAUGGAGGUUAUGAUUAAAGACACCGCGCAGAAACUAUUUAUUUAAUUCAUUCAGAGAGAAAAGGACACAUGUUUUAGUUCAAAUCCACUUCGAAUCAUUUAUUCUUAAACAGUCGGAUGUUCUCGCGGUACUUAAGUCUAAAUUGACAAGGAGCAUUACAACUGGGAUUUGUAUGAUAAGAUCUGUGGAAAGUAUUGAACUUUUGAAAUUGUUAAAACUGAACGAAGAGCUUGUUUAUGACAAAAACAAAAACCUAGAACCGAAAAAGUAUUUAGCUGAAAAAAGGAAUAAUUCGUAUCGUAAUGGCACUCUUUGGACGAAUUUAGAAUCGCAAACUGAUUCCGGCCGGAUUUCUCGCGAGGCACCAAGAAAAUACUACCGGGUAGACGUCUUUAGUUGCAUUUCUGACAAUAAAAACGAAAUUGAAAUUCCUUCACCCAAAAAUAUACCUCAACACAUUAUUACGGCGUACCCAUUUCAUUCAUACAAGCACGAUCUACCGGAAAUGCCACACGAAGAUGAGAAAUACCCUGUACAAGCAACUGAAAUCGACGCAGGACAGCUUUCUAUUGGCUCUUACAGACCAACGAUUGCAAACAGUAUAUUUCCUAACAAUAGCCAACGAUCCGAUCACCAACGUGAUAUUCAAGAAGCCAGAAGAAAUUUUAAUGCCGUUACAUCGGGAACUGAUCUUCAAAGACGUACCAAACCAGCUCGAUAUCCGGAUUAUACCGCUUUGGAUAACAGAGUAUCAUCAUUCCAAACGCCUAAUUGGGGCUCUAACAACAAACCUGAUACACUAGUGCUGGUAAACUGGGGUUUCUUUUAUACAGGUACUGAAGAUUUAGUAAGAUGUUACCAGUGUGGAUUAGGUUUAAAAGACUGGGUGAAAGAUGAUGAUGUGCUUCAGGAACAUGUUAAACAUUCUGCUACAUGUGAUUACCUUCUAACGAGACUUGGCAGGGAAACGGUGGAUCAAAUCAAAAUCUCUCUUGAGAGUCCAGUAGGUUGCAGCACCAACACGUCAAGUGCGGGUCUGUUGCCUUAUAAGAUGCGUUCUCCAAGAUACCAGACAAUGGCUUCCAGGCUAGCUUCCUUAAAGGACUUUCCCAGGCACAUUCAUAUUUCACACCAGCAGCUUGCUGUGGCUGGACUCUUCUAUACAGGAAAAGGAGAUUUGUGUCGCUGUUUUACAUGCGACGGUGGUCUAAAGGACUGGAGUGCAGGAGACGAUCCAAUCAAAGAACAUGCCAUGUACUUUCCAAAAUGUACCUACAUUAGUCAGCUUAAAGGGCCUGAAUAUGUAAGAGUAUUACAGCGUACCCGUCAAAAUGAAAAAUCGACGGUAAGAUAAAUAAACAUAAAACUGAAUGGGAAAAAAUAAAAUUGUAUGGAGACACUACCCCGGACCGGAACAUAAAUUUCAUUAAAAGAAAACAUGACAUGUUUCACGGGUGUAGAGUAAUGUAGUUAUAGGCAGGUCUUUUCCUAAUAAGCAGGAUGUUCAAAUACAGCGAGAUAUUAUUCUUCCUUUCUGCUCAAUAACAUUGUGUUUUGUAAUACAGAAGUAUGUGUAGCACUCGUUGCAUACAAAUGGUAGAUAAAAAUGGUGGCGAAAGAGUUUAAAGUCCCGAAAAAGAGUUCCUGUAAGAGGAGUGUAGUUAUUGAUGCGUAUCGUCAUUACAUAAAAGCUAACACGUCUUUCUUUCUUUUUUCGGCAGAAUAGGUAUAGAUCCUUAUGAGAAUAUAAGUCGCUAAAAGUCUGCUUGUCUAGAAAAUGUCAAAAUCACAUUAUUAUGAAGUAAGAUUUUGCAUUAAAAUGAAAAGCAAACUGAAUAAGUGGUGUUCAACCCUUUUCGUAUAAUAUCAAAAGACGAUGUUUAAUUUUCCAUGUACUCUUGGAUACUUUACAAGAAUCCGCGGUUAAAUUUUGGUUCUGUUUAGCUUUACUGAGCUCCACUUACGGUGUCGCAAUUUAGAAAUAUGAAGCUGUAAUACAGACAUUAAAAAUUAUACGAGGCGAAUGUCGUCUUACUAACUGA